UUAUGAAGUCCUUGAGUUGGUGAUAGUUGUUUUGCUUUGUGGAAAGUUUAUAACGAGACAGAGGAAGUGGAUGAGGGAGAAAGAGGGAGGGGUGUGAGUGAAACAGAGAGGGGGAGGUUUGAAUGACUCUAGGGAGGCUACUAUUACAAAUCAAGACUCUGAGAGGGAGCAGAGAGACAGAGGGAGCCCUACACAAAUGUUUGACCGAGCCCUACAAAGACGAAGGAUAGGAGAGCGAGACAGAGAGGUUGAGAAGGAGACUAUGUUAUCCAAGGACAUUCUACUCAUCUCUCAUCACCAAGGAUACAGUACUGUGACCAGAAAGGAGAUCUGAGGAUUGACACAAUUAUACUGAUUUGAAGUUGUUCAAGCAGUCAACAAGAGGAGCAGCUCUCAACCUGUGAGCUGAGGAUGUGGCGAUUGGUAGGCAUGGCCUUUCUGUGCCAGUGUGUGAUUGGCCAGCUGCUGGAGGCCAAGGUGAGAGGAGCUCCACCUCGUCUGAUCUGCAGUGUUCCGGGGUUGCCAGGGACACCAGGUAAACCUGGCCCAAACGGGCCUCCAGGGGCCAACGGGAACGUAGGAAUCCCAGGAAGAGACGGCAGAGAUGGCAGGAGAGGAGAGAAAGGAGAGAAGGGCGGAGCAGGGGUAAAAGGGAAAGUCGGCCCAACGGGUAAACUUGGCCAGCGGGGUGACCGGGGUCCUGGUGGGAAGAGGGGUCCUGGUGGAGAGAGCGGGAACAGGGGCCUACCGGGUCCUCCAGGGCCCCUUGGGAAGAAAGGGGACAUGGGCCAGCGAGGGGAAAGGGGGAUGGCAGGAGUCUGCCGGUGUGGCAGCCUGGUGCCUAAAGCAGCCUUCUCUGUGGGAAUCACCAGCAGUUACCCUGCUGAGAAGGAACCUAUCAAGUUCAACAAGGUCCUCUUCAAUGAGGGCGGCCACUACAACCCAGAGACGGGCAAGUUCAUCUGUGCCUACCCAGGCAUCUACUACUUCUCCUAUGACAUCACACUGGCCAACAAGCAUCUGGCCAUCGGGCUGGUGCAGAACGGACAGUACCGCAUCAAGACAUUUGACGCAAACACAGGAAACCAUGACGUGGCCUCCGGGUCCUUAGUAAUGUUCCUGAACCCAGAAGACGAGGUGUGGCUGGAGAUCUUCUUCAAGGACCAGAAUGGCCUGUUUGCAGACGCAGGGUGGUCUGACAGCCUGUUCUCUGGAUUCCUGAUAUAUGCAGACACCAACUACCUGGACUCACUAGCAGAGGACUACGCAUAGUGACUUAUUACAAUCAAUAAAGAACUGAGAGGACUGAGUUUAUAGCCUCCCCUUGAUGCAUUUACAGUAUCUAUUUCAUCAUGUUUUAUUUAUAUUCUAUAUAAAUACAGUGAGCUCCAAAAGUAUUGGGACAGCGACAUUUUUGUUGUUGUUGUUGUUUUGGCUCUGUAUUCCCGCACAUUGGAUUUGAAAUGAUACAUGAGGUUAAAGUGCAGACUGCCAACUUUAAUUUGAGGGUUUUUUCAUCCAUAUCGAAUGAACCGUUUACAAAUUACAGCAGUUUUUGUACAUAGUCCCCCCAUUUAAGCGGACCAAAAGUAUUGGGACAAAUUCACUUAUAUGUGUAUUAAAGUAGUAAAAAGUUAUGUAUUUGGUCCCUAUUCAUAGCACGCAAUGAUUACAUUAAGCUUCUGACUCAACAAAUUUGUUGGAUGCAUUUGCUGUUUGUUUUGGUUGUGUUCUAGAUUAUUACGUGGCCAAUAGAAAAUAAUGGUAAAUAAUGGAUUGUGUCAUUUUGGAUUCACUUUUAUUGUAAAUAAGAAUAUAAUAUGUUUCUAAACACUUCAACAUUAAAGUGGAUGUUACCAGGAUUACGGAUAAUCCUGAAUGAAUCGUGUGUAAUGAUGAGUGAGAAAUGAUGAGGCAUACAUUUUAAAAAUGUUAACCUCCCCAUUAUUGUAAAGGUUGUCUUGGGGGUAUGAUAUUUGUGAGUCUGUAACCUUCUCUCUUAUCAUUAUUCACAAUUCAUUCUGGAUGUGUGUGUAUGACCUUGUGUGUUUUGGGGUAAAGUCACGUAGGAAACCAUUUUUGUUUGGUGAAAGUAAGUUUUUUGGGAGAAAAAUAUCUAAGUAUCUAAGUGAUAAUAAGCUAUGAUUUAUAUGUUUCAUGAAUACAUGUUAUGAUAUUUACUUCAGUCCGUAAUGAGUCUGCCCUGUACCUUAUUUUCAAAAGUAUUGAAUAGUAUGAGUUGAAUACUAUUAGAGUUUAAGGCACAAGUAUUGUACUGUUUUUAAGUGUGGUGAUAUGAUAUAGAUGCUCAAUCGCAAAAGUGUAAUGUAACACAGAUGUUAAACACAUUACUGAACACUGGCUGUAAUAAACCACUUCAUCCCCAUCA